AUGGUUUCUCGUGGAUCAACAAGGAACGCUCUCAAUGAUGGAGGCAUUAAUGGCGUAGCCCCACCGGCAGUCCGGGGACGGACGCGGGCCCAGGGUCGAGGUCGCAGAAAUACCCGAGCUGCUAAUUCAAGUACAGCCCCAUCCACACCAGCUAGUUUGGCUGUCGGUAGGAGCCAAGGGGAUCAAGGGGAAGAAUUUCCUCUCACGAAGGAAACAAUGGCGGAGCAGAUGGCACAAGUCCUCCGGGACACAUUGCCAAAUAUGCUUAAGGAAUUGUUAGGCAAUCGAUUUAAGGAUAAUGAAGAAGGAAGGGAAGAAAGUGUUCAACAUGAAAACACUCAAGCCACCGGAAGUAUGGAAAUAUCUGACAAGGAGAAGGUAGAAUCGCCCAUCAUGGGGAUCACUGGGUUGGCAACAAAAGAGAGAGGAUGCAGCUUUAAAACGUUCAAGGGUACCGGGCCAAAGGAAUUUAAAGGCAUAAAAGGCCCAGUCGGCCUGAUGAACUGGAUAGCCAAGAUGCAAAGCUGUUUCAAAAUUUGUAGGUGCACGGAAGAACAAAAGGUAACUUAUGCUGCUACGACCUUUGUGGACUAUGCACUGCACUGGUGGGAGACUGAGUGCGCAGUCAGAGGUGAUGARGAGAUUGCUGCCAUGRCAUGGGAGCAAAUGAARAARAUGAUGAUGGAUAAGUACUGCUCGCAAACAAAGGUGAACAAGCUAGAAUCCGAAUUUCUAAGGUUGAAGCAAGGAUCGUUGUCAGUACAAGAAUAUGUCAACGAGUUUCUUGAAAAGGCAAGGUUCGCCAAGUAUCAGGUGGCCACCGAGGAGAGAAAGAUAGGCCGUUUCAAGGAUAGCUUAAAAAUCGAGAUCAAGCGGUAUGUAGACAUGACUAAACCAACCACGUUUGUACAAGCAGUGGAGAUGGCAAAGGUGGCGAAAGAGAACAACGCUAGAGAAGGUAGUGAUAGAAGAGAGGCGAAGAGAAGAUGGGAAGGAUCGAGCAAGUUCCACAAGAAAUCCAAAUGGAUUCCGACUUCGACAAAAACCCGAAGUGAGGAACUCACUAUUCCUCCAUGUAGCAAAUGCAACAAGAAGCACAAGGGAGAGUGCAGGGCGGGGAGCCUGACGUGCUACCGGUGUGACAAACCGGGGCAUACCGCACGAGAAUGCCCGGAAGGAAGGACAUGUUAUGAAUGUGGAGCUACGGGACAUUUGCGUCCUGACUGUCCAAAACAUCGUAAUAGUGCGACACCCCACGGGAAGACGAGGAAUAACAGAUUUGGAAGAAGACCGGAAGGUAGGAAGGAGCUACCUAAGGGACAUGGCCGAGCUUACAGCAUGACUUUGGAGGAGACCAAGGAAACACCGGACAUCGUAUCUGGUAUGUUCCCUAUCAACAAUGUGUAUGCACAUGUGUUAUUUGAUUCGGGUGCGAAUGGUAGUUUUGUGUCUACUGCUUUCUGCCACUAUCUGGAUAAGAGUGCCUGUAGGCUAGACAAAACCUACACUGUAGAAACAWCCAACGRUAGUCAGUGUAAGGUAGACRAAGUAUUUGAUGAAUGCACGAUCGUUAUAGAUGGGAAGGAUUUCCCUGUUAAACUUAUGCCAAUGAGCCUAGGAGGUUUUGAUGUAGUCUUGGGGAUGGAUUGGCUGUCCACCAAUCAUGCACAAAUAGUAUGCAAUAAGAAGAUGGUCAAGAUUCAAACUCCAAAAGGAGAAACGAUCCAGGUUUACGGUGAUCGAAAGAGGGGUUGCGUAGGGAUGAUUAAUGCCAUUAAGGCAAAUAAGUGUCUACGAAAGGGUUGCGUAGCCUACUUGGCAUACGCCAUUGAUGCCAAGCUCGAAAAGAAAGCAAUACAAAAUGUACCAGUGGUAAGGGACUACCCGGAUGUAUUUCCGGAUGAGCUGCCAGGAAUACCCCCGGAACGUCAGGUGGAGUUCCGAAUUGUUCUGGUGCCAGGUGCGGCACCAAUCGCAAGGGCACCUUAUCGUUUAGCCCCAACCGAAAUGCAAGAACUGAUGAAGCAAUUGCAAGAGCUCUUAGAUAAAGGAUUUAUUAGGCCAAACUCAUCGCCAUGGGGAGCACCGAUUUUAUUCGUCAAGAAGAAGGACGGCACGAUGAGGAUGUGCAUCGAUUAUCGGGAACUGAACAAAAUCAUGAUAAAGAACAGGUAUCCUUUGCCAAGGAUCGACGGCCUUUUCGAUCAGCUGCAAGGAGCCAGCUGUUUCUCGAAGAUCGAUUUGAGAUCAGGCUACCAUCAGUUGAAGGUUCAAGGAGAAGACGUAUCAAAGACAACUUUUAGGACUCGAUACGGGAAUUACGAAUUCGUAGUAAUGCCGUUCGGAUUGACAAACGCACCUGCGGCAUUCAUGGACUUAAUGAAUCGAGUCUGUGGUCCGUAUUUGGACCAAUUUGUCAUAGUCUUUAUAGAUGACAUUUUGAUCUAUUCGAAGAAUAAGGAGGAGCAUGAGCAACACUUAAGAUUGACUCUUGAACUGCUAGCAAAGGAUCAAUUGUACGCCAAAUUCUCAAAAUGUGAGUUUUGGUUGCAUGAGGUACAGUUCCUCGGUCACGUAGUCAACGAGGAAGGAAUCAAGGUGGACCCGGCUAAUAUUGAUGCAGUUACGAACUGGGAAUCGCCAAAGUCAGCAUCGGAAAUCCGAAGUUUUCUAGGUCUAGCAGGAUAUUACCGAAGGUUCAUCCAAGAUUUCUCCAAAAUAGCAACGCCCUUGACAACGUUGACUAAGAAGUCAGUUAGGUUUGAUUGGGGAACGAAACAAGAAGAAGCGUUCCAGACACUUAAGGAGAGACUAAGCACUGCACCAGUUUUAUCCCUACCAGAAGGAGUAGAAGACUUUGUCGUAUAUAGCGAUGCGUCAAAAAUGAGAUUAGGUUGUGUGCUAAUGCAGCGAGGCAAGGAAAAAGAUUCAGAUUACGUAACAUUUCUCUUGAAUGAAAAUGAGGGUGUUAUACAAGGGUUCACCCUUGGCAAAACACCUUGGGCGGUGGAGUUGACCACUUUCCUCAAGUUGACCUUGCCACCUCUAAUCCCGUAA